CAUUCUGGGAAGCACGUGUGAGUCUCACAAAAUUUGCAAACAUGGCGGACAGCGAAGUAUCCGAAGAUGAACAAACUGUGGCCCAAGAUAGCGUGGUCACAAAGUAUAAGACCAUCGGAGAAAUUGUCAACAAGGCCCUAAAGCUUGUAGUUUCCAAGGCAGUUGCUGGGGAGAAGGUGCUGUCGCUAUGUGACGCUGGGGACUCCUACAUUGAGGAGGAGACGGGCAAGAUCUUCAAGAAGAACAAAGAGAUGAAGAAAGGUAUAGCGUUUCCUUGCUGUGUGUCAGUCAACAACUGCGUCUGUCACUUCUCACCGCUCAGAAGUGACGCUGAUGUUGUCCUCAAGGACAAUGACGUCGUCAAAAUUGACAUGGGUGGCCACAUUGAUGGUUUUAUUGCUGUAGUAGCACAGACGGUGGUCAUCGGAGCCUCGGCAGAGAAUAAAGUAACUGGGAGACUAGCGGAUGUAGUCCAGGCUGCAUACACAUGCUCAGAGGCUGCUCUCAGGAAAAUCAACCCCGGAGUACAGAAUUAUGACAUAACAAAGGUAUUCCAGACCGUCUCCGAGACGUUCAAAUGCAAUCCGGUGCAGGGUAUGCUGUCCCAUCAGCUGAAACGUAACGUCAUCGAUGGAGAGAAGUCAAUCAUUCAAAAUCCAACGGACGAACAGAAGAAAGACCACAAGGCCUCCGAGGUGGAAGUUCAUGAGGUAUACGCCAUCGACGUCCUCGUCUCUACCGGUGACGGUAAAGUGAGGGAGCGAGACACACGCACCACCAUCUACAAGAAGACAGAAGUCGUCUACAACCUCAAGAUGAAGGCCUCUAGAACUCUUUACAGUCAAGUUGAGAGCAAAUUCUCACCCAUGCCUUUUACACUCAGGGCCUUGAAAGAGGAAGGCAAGGCUCGUAUGGGUAUCGUGGAGUGCUUAACCCACAAAGUGAUGGAGCCAUAUCCAGUCUUGUAUGAGAAGGAAGGCAAGGUGGUGGCCCAGUUUAAAUUCACCGUGCUCAUUAUGCCCAAUGGACCUCUGCGAAUCACACAAGGGGUACAUCACCCAGAGUUCUACAAGUCAGAACACUCCAUCAAGGAUCCUGAAAUCAAGGCUCUUCUACAACUUUCGGCCAACCGCAAGGCAGCUAAGAAGAAGCGAAAGAAGGCUGCAAGCAAAGCUGCAGAUGCUGCAGGAGCGACUGAAGAUGCCGAGCCUCCAGAGCUCGUUGAAGAUGCGGCCAAGUGAUGCACCCCUGACCUGCCUCUCUGAUUAACUCCCCCCUUACACCAAGGUGGACUCCUGGUCUGUACAGUUUACAGUAACACCAGCAAACUACCGUCAAGAGGGUUUACAUAGUAGAGAACUUUAUUGACAGAUUUCAGACAAAAACAACAAAACCUGACAGGAAAUGAGAUGCCUUGUAGAGCAUAUUGGUCAAGGGACUAGAUUUGAAAAAAUAUUUUUGAGAAAAUGAGUUAAGCUCGGGUUGCUUUUCAGUUUGAAAACGAAAGGUUGAUUCACAUUUUGUUUGAAAGUGAGGACAUGUUUUGUUUAAUCUACAGAUAAUUACUUUAUUUUGUUGCUUUUAAUGUGAAUUGUGAACAGUCUCCAGACAUUUACAGAGUAAUUGUUGUGUCUACCUGAAUAAAAUUAAAGAAUACAUCAAAUGUUUAUCAUCCUUCGGGAUAAAAAAAAAAGUAAUUUUGAAAGUUUAUUAAUUCUUUUUUGCUUCCACUAAGCUAGUCUGAUGCUGUUUAGACAUUGUAAUCUGCAAGUCGUUUUUUGACUUAUCCAUGCAUAGUUGAUGUUUACAGAUUUCAGUUUGUGUUAUUUUAGAAUUUGAUGUCCCAUUGUCUAAAACCGUUGAUGCUUUUGAGUAAUGCAUGCGUUAUCAUUUUGAUGUAAUAAUCAUGUUUUUAAUUUGUUUUGUACAAGUUGGAAAAAACUAGGAGUGAUGGUCUGGAAGUAAUUAGUUUUGUUGGUAUCUUAACAAAAAAUCUGUCGUCUUAGAUUUCUUUCAGUUAAAUUCAGGGUUGACUAAACAGACAAUCUCUGCUUCAGUGUGAUGAAUUAUUAUUAGUGUUGUUUGCUUAGUCUGGCUCCCCAAUGCCAUGCUGUGGAUACUGAUCUCCUUUCAAAACCUUAAUAAUUUUGUAUUAAAAGUUAUUUCUAAUUAGGGCCACAAACCAGUUUUGUUUGCUUCAUAUUUUGAAACUUUUUACAAUUUCUGAAAAAACCCAUGUAGUCAUAUCAGAAUUGUAUUUCCCUUUGGGCUCCACAAAAAACCCUGUUGGUGCUAAAGAUUUGUGUCAAGAAUACAGACUGAAAAUUGCUUCAGUAUGAAUGAUAUUUGCAUUAUUUGUCAAUCUUUUUUCCCCAUUUCCAUACCUUGAUGGAAUUUGUCUGAUAGAGAAAUAAACAUUGAAUCUCUAAAA